AUGCUUACAAAUUACUUAACAGCUGUGGAAUCCAACAGAUCCACGGAAGAUGUUUCAAGGCAAAUCAACAAAUGUGCUAUCAUGGGUGGAUAUUUAUCACCUGACGUGUUUUCCUUUGUGGAAGAUGUGGAUGUGCGCUCAGGUCGCUUGCGAAAGAUUGUAAUUUCAAAGCAGUCAGCGCCGAGCAACACAGAGGAGGCGCUAAGAAAUGCGCUUAUAACAGGGCUAUGUUCCGCUAAUAUUCGACAAAGAUUGCUAGAAUAUGACGAAUUAUCACUGGAAAAAGUCAUUCAAAUUGCUGAUUAUUUGGAACGAGCCGAGAAAUUUUCGCAUUCGUACCAGCAAUCAUUGCCUCAUCAAGCAGCCGUUACUUCAAUGGAUGAUAAAUUUUCGGUAAACAAAGAAGACCAAUUUUCUGAGUUUGGCUCUAAUAGUGACCAACACGUAGCUGCUGCAAGAAGUACUUACGAAACAAAAGUUAACCGUAGAAGGUGUUAUUUUUGCGGACGAAUUCAUGCUUUAAAUCGACUGAAGUGCCCUGCUAGAAACGCAGAGUUUAAUUGUGGUCUUCGAGGACAUUUUGCAACAGUUUGUCGUAAAGCGAAGAAAUCGGUUGCUACCGUAAACGAUUUGCACCUGACUUCAAUUAUAGCUGGUAUUCAUACUUCGUUGUCACGAUCGACGAUUACUGCUAAAAUUGCGGAAAACCCUCUGAUGGCUCUGCUAGACUCCGGUGCUUCACAGAGUUACAUAAAGGCAUCUGUGGCAAGAAGUCUUGGCCUCACUCUCUACGGUCCAAAAACUGUAAUUGCACUUGCUUCGAACGAAUCAGUUGCACAAACCAUUGGGUUUGUGGACGCACCGCUAAAGAUUGGAACGAGAAUUUAUGAUGCAAUGAAGUUUGGUGUUGUGGAAAAUCUGUGUACGGACAUCAUACUGGGCCAAGAUUUUUUGAGCAAACAUCGAAAGGUUGUCUUCGAAUUCAACGGAGACCUCGACUUCUUGUACGUUGGUAAAGAGGUCUGCAAUUUGGCUAGCGCAAAAGUAAGUGAACCUUUACGUAUUUUUCGAUUUGUUGACGAUAACUGUAAGCCAAUUGCUGUCAGGUCCCGAAACUACAGUUCCGAUGAUCUAAAGUUCAUCAAAGAGGAGAUUGCUCGUUUGUUGCGGGAGGGCAUCAUAGAACGAUACACUGCUCUUGACGCGUAUCCCUUGCCUCGCAUAAACAAUAUAAUUAACGAGGUUGCUAAAGGAAAGAUUUACAGUACCAUUGAUUUACGUUCGGCUUAUCACCAAAUUCCUAUUUCUGACGUUGACAAACCUUACACUGGGUUUGAAGCUGCUGGCUCUUUAUAUCAAUUUUGCAGGGUCCCUUUUGGAGUGACUAAUGGAGUGGCUGUGUUUCAGAGAUACAUGGACUCUUUCAUCGAGCGUGAAAAUCUUGAAGGCACCCUUGCUUACUUAGAUAACGUCACAAUUUUUGGGGAUGAUCAACCACAACAUGAUAAACGAUUGAAAGCUUUUAUGAAUGCUGCGGAGCGGCAAUGUUUGACAUUAAAUAUAAAUAAGUCUGUAUUUUCAGUGACUGAACUGAAAUUCCUUGGGCAUUUGGUAUCACAUGGCAAAAUUCGGCCAGAUCCUGAUCAUUUACAACCUCUUAUUAAUCUUAAACCACCUAGAAAUGGAAGUAAUUUGAAACGUUGCUUGGGAUUAUUUGCCUACUAUUCGAAAUGGAUAUCUAAAUUUUCUGAAAAAUUAAAGCCACUUUCAACUAAUACAUCAUUUCCCCUCAAAGGCAAAGCUUUAUCUUUUAAUCAACUGAAAGCUGAUUUGUUAAAAGCGUGCUUGGGGUGCAUAUAUGAAGAUGAACCGUUUGUUAUUGAGUGUGAUGCAUCUAAAUUUGCGAUUGCAGCCAUAUUGAGUCAAAAAGGAAGGCCGGUUGCCUUUAACUCUCGAACACUCGGUGUAGAAAAUGUGGCACCAGACGCAUUGUCAAGAAUUUGUGCUAGCAACGCUUGUUGUACAAUGAGUCUAAGAGAAGUUCAUUCUCAAUUGGGCCAUCCUGGUGUUCGUCGAUUACUUCAUUUCAUUCGCUCUAAAUCUUUGCCCUUUUCUGUUGACGAUGUGAAGAGAGAAUGCGCUAAUUGUCGACAAUGUGCCCAAAUAAAACCCAAUUUUUAUAGAUUCGAUGGGAGCCAUCACUUGGUCAAAGCUACUCGGCCGUGGGAGAGAAUUAGUAUUGAUUUUAAAGGUCCCGUCGCAGGAAAAAGGCGAUAUUUGCUCGUGGUAUUAGACGAGUAUAGUAGAUUUCCUUUUGUAUACCCAUGUGCAGACAUGACUGCAAUCACUGUCACUAAAUGUCUCGCAUCAUUAUUUUCAUUGGUUGGUCUACCGGAGUAUGUUCACAGCGACAGAGGAACUUCAUUUUUGGCUAAUGAACUGAGAGAGUUUCUUGCAAGAAAGGGUAUAGCGACUAGCAAUACAACUCCUUAUCACCCGAAAGGGAAUUCCCAGUGCGAAAGGGCAAACCAGACCAUAUGGAAAACUAUCAAACUAAUGCUGUUAUCAAGAAAUUUGCCCGAGAGUGCUUGGGAGGAAGUUCUGCCAGACGCUCUACAUGCGACAAGAUCACUUCUUUGCACCUCCACUGGUACUACGCCACAUAAUCGCAUGUUCAAUUUUGAAAGACGAUCUAUGAUUGGAAACUCCGUACCAGACUGA